AUGCAAUCCUACAAAGGAUCUGAUUACCUGGACACCAGGUCUGCUUCCCGUUCUCGCAGUACCAGUAUCUCCAGUGACUCGCAAUACCCCCGAGUCAACCUCAUGUCGCCACCUGCUGCCCGCCCCGCUCCAGCUUUUAUCUCCUCCACAUCCGCAUGUGAAAUCAUUACAUCCGACCAAGAAUUUAAUGCCGCGGAUUUUGUCGCCGAGAAUGAGGAAACUGGCACAGCCGCCGGCGCAAAUGCGGUGGUUACUCCCGCUGCGCUCUCCCUAUUGAACGGCUUCCUCGAUAAUCUUAUCUACAGUAUUCUAGCUGAAUCAAAAUCAACACAAUUGUCAAGUAUUCGCCCCAUAUUGGCUGAUGUGCUGAAGCCUCGACUUGCACAGGAGGUGGUGGACGCAGCCGACGAGGAGCUGAAAGAGUACAUGGGCGACGAGUUUCGCGACGGCCAAGAAUCGGGCGGUGAUGAUUUUGAUCUCAUCCGCGCCUGGAAAUUGACUCGUCUGCGAUGCAUGGUCUACACUCGAUUAGGCGACAUGGAAGAGGAGGAUGAAGACGAAUUUAUAGCUCAGGAGAGCUUCGAGGAGAGCGAUGGUCCAUCCCGCAGGUUCGCCAACCAUGUCGACAACAUCACCCCCGCGGCAGCAAUUUUCCUCACUUCAAUUAUUGAGUAUAUCGGUGAAAGAGCCUUAGUCAUUGCCGGCGAAACCGCACGCUCGAGGCUAUCAGCUAAGUUGAAUGACAACGACGCAGAGUCAUUCAAUUCAACAGACGAUCGCAAGCGCAUUGACCGCCUGAUUGUGGAGGAUCUCGACAUGGAGAAAUUGGCACUGAACGCGACAUUGGGUCGGUUGUGGCGCACAUGGCGGAAGCGUAGACGUGGAAACGCCCUCUCGCGCACUUUGUCGCGUGAGUCCUUCCGCCGCCGCUACUCUCUGGCCGGUAGCCGAAAGAGCAGCAUUGCAACCAUUGAGGAGCCCCUCACUCCCAAUGAGCACGAGCCUCCUAUCCCGGUGGAUCCUUCCACUGUACCUUUACCCAUUACCAAUUAUGACGUUCAGGAGAUCGAGGUUCCCGGCUUUUCAAUAGAGCUGGAGGAGGAGGUGCAAACGAUGCAGGCCGUCGUUGCUCACAAAGUGCGACCGCGGAGUUUGAUGGUGUUCUCAUCGCCCGCCAUGUCCCAACGAUCCCCUCGGUCACCUCGGUCGAUGAGCAGCUCUCCUCCAGCUGCCAGGUCUCCCGUAGUGAUCAAGGUAGUAAAAGUAUCGCCCAAAGAGACUGCCAAGGCUCGCCAUUCACGUUCGAGAUCGCUGCCAAACGCGGCGCCUGACCUCCCAGAGGAGGCCUCCGAGGCUGAAUCAGAGGUUACAUCGGCCGAUCAAGCUUCUCCAUCUGAGGAGAAGAAGCAGUUGGAAACUAUGUACGAAGAUGAGGAAUCAGCUGAAUAUGUCGAUGCUGUCGAGUCUCCUGCGCCGGCCACUGCUAUCACUUCACUUGAGAAAUCUGAGGCAGAGAUCGCCGAACCCUCCGAAAACGCCAGAAUGCCCAUUGUGCAUGAAGAGGCGGAAGAAGCAGGACACGCAGCCAGUGAAACCAUUGGGUCUUCCAACGAUGACGUGACUGCUACAGACAACUCUCACAUAUCAGUUUCGUCGCUGAGCGAUGAGCCAAUCAUCGAUUCAGAGCCCGUUGAGGGACGAGGAUCAUGCGAACAGCUCACUUUGACGUCGGCAAAUGGCCAGUCUAGUAGGGAUGUGUCCAAUGUAGAGCCGAUCAUUGCAGAGACUAGCGAGCCAGAUAUGCAGACGCCAAAGAUCCCCCAAUCUAUGCAAGGGGCUGAGUGGUGCAAAUCCACCCCACCUUCAACCGUUUAUGAGGCUGUCGAGUCAGGAAAAAAGAGCGAUCAAAACGAACCGAUCAUGGCCACUUUAACGGAGACUGACACCUUCGAAGAAGAGGUUUCUCCUAACACUCCUAACACUCCUAGGCAAACUUCACCUUCCGUGGAUAGCGUGCGCUCAAAAAGCUCAAGAACUCCUCCGCAGCAGACACCGGCGGUUGGCGCCAGCCGCAUUAUUUCCCCAACCGAGCGCGCUGCCGUUCAACGUGUGCCUAUUCGCUCAACUUCCGUCUCUCCUCCCAUGAACCCCAAUUCUCGUCGUUCUGAGAGCAUUAGCAGUGCACGCGACAAGCGGCCCAUCACAUCUGGCUCCACUACGUCACAAGUUUCGAGUAAAUUGAAGGGACUGAUGGCUCGUCAAUUAGAAUCACCGUCGCAGCACUUGCGCACCUCGUCCGAAACGAGUCGCGUAUCUGCCCCUGUUGCUGAGGAUGUAGAAGACUUCGAUCGCUUGAUCAAGACUGACGAAACCAUCCACUUCACCUUGACACCAAAGAGUGUCCGUGAGAUGACUUUCCCCGAUAACUCUCCUGGUCGACCUCUACCUCGAGACACGGAUAUCUCCCCUAACGGAGAGCUUAAAACGCCAACCGGUGACUUGACAGCAAAUUUUACCGAAUCUCCUGUCCUCUCUCAUUCACCCCUCUCUCCUCUCUCUCCUCUCUCUCCCCGGGCGAACUCGCCUGCAAAGGUCAUUCCUCCUCCCCGAGCCCGUGACGCCCGGACUGACAGUGGCUCUACUCGCGAUUUCGCCAACUUCGUCAAGUCGUCCGGUCCCACCGGUGUACAGGUCCAGCAAACCAACUCCCCAGCUGCAUCGAUCAAGUCCCCUAUCCCUCCACCUCGACUCUCAACCAGCACCGUCGGUUCAAAUUCGAACCGACCUCGUCUUCAGGCUCGUGCUCCCGAGGUUAAAUCGUCUGGAACCUCGGAGCUCAUUGAUUUUAUCCGCGAAGGACCACCGCAAGCGGGCAACCGCAUCCCGCGGUCCGUUGCACCUUUCCGAAACACAGCCGCCUCGGAUGCAUAUCAAAAUGACUAUAACAAUGAAGGUGUUACACGCACUUCGAUUGCUAGCCACAGCGAGAACAAGUCCAUGACCUCUCUUGGCUCGCUUGGCUCACGAACCGGCCUGCUGGAGUCAUCCAACCGCUCCACUGGCUACUCCAAGUCCCCAGCUUCCAGGCCUGUGCCGGUACAAGAUGAGCCGAUGCCCAUCCGUAAGCAACGUCGCGUUCGAGAUCCUUACGCCAUUGACGACUCCGACGAGGACGAAGAGCUGCUUGAGGAAAUCAUGAAUGCCAAGCCCAAGCGCCAGGAGGAGAGUCUGAUGGAUUUCCUGCGCGACGCACCCCCUCCUCCAUCUGCCCAGUCGUCUCCCCAACCAUUUGCCAUCUCAGACUCCAUGAAGUCCCGUGCACUGCACGCCUCGAUGUCGACCAACUCUCUGCGCUCAGAGAGCUCUCCCAACCCUCGAUCUCAAUCAAACAACUACACCCUCAAGGUCGGCAUGGAGCGCAAUCCCGGCCCCGCCCGCCAGACUGAGACAAGUGCCCUGGCAGAUUUCCUCCGGAAUACCGCACCACCAGUGGCAUCUCCAGCGCCCCGGACUAUUUCAACUCCUACAAACUCCAAGACGAAAGAAGGCUCCAUAUCACGCUUCUUUGGCCGCCGCAAGAAGGUUGAGGCAUAG